GGGUAUAUAAGCCCGAGCACGACCUCAUUCCACAUCACCUUCCCCAUCGCUCGAACUUCAUCUCGUCUCUUUCACAAACAAACUGCCCUACUACCUCAUCCCAAACAACACCAACGUAAAUCAAUCUAUACACAAUGUCUGACAUGGCUCGUCAAUCUCUCGGUGACAAGGCUGGUGCCGCCUUGAAGCCGGAUAGUCAGAAGACACUGUUGGAGCAAGGAAAGGACGCUGUAGUCGGCAAGGCCGACAACGCCGCCUCCGGCGCUCAGCCCACCGAGAACAAAUCCUACACUCAGCAAGCCGGUGAUGCCAUUGGUGGAUCGAGCAACAACAGUCAGGGAGGUAUCCUCGACUCCGCCAAGCAGGCUUUGGGUAUGGACAACGCCAACCGAUCCUAAACGGAUCGAAUCGGACCGUUUCCCAGGAUCCUCCGCUGGCGCUCGUGGCCCUGUCCGUAACGAAUUGAACUGUCUGUGUUGCGUUCGUUGUAAAAAGACAAACAAACAAAUGAUGAAUGAAAUCGUGUCCGUC